AGACGCAAAAUUCCACCUCGGCUAUUUUACACACAAAAAAAAAUGGAGCCUCGAACGAUGUUAGCCCUUUUCAUGCUCCUCUUUUUAGGCUCGUUCUCUGAAAAUGUUGAAUGUUCCAAAACCAGGAGAGGACCAAAAGUCACAGUAAAGGUGUUCUUUGAUAUAACGGUGGGCGGGCAGGAGGUUGGCAGGAUUGUCAUUGGUCUGUUUGGAGACGUGGUUCCUCAGACUGUGAAUAAUUUUGUUGCUCUGGCCACAGGAGAGAAAGGCUAUGGCUACAAGGGAAGCAAGUUUCACCGAGUCAUCAAAGACUUCAUGAUCCAAGGAGGGGACUUCACUGCUGGGGACGGAACAGGAGGCAGAAGCAUCUAUGGCACAACCUUCCCCGAUGAGAACUUCAAGCUGAAGCACCUUGGAGCGGGUUGGGUGAGCAUGGCCAACGCUGGCACCGACACCAACGGCUCCCAGUUCUUCAUCACCGCCGCCCGGGCUCCCUGGCUGGACGGCAAACACGUCGUCUUUGGGAAGAUCCUGGAUGGCAUGUCUGUGGUUCACACAGUCGAGCUCCAGGACACAAAUGAAAGGAACCUGCCCUAUACGGAAUGUGUGAUUGUCAACAGCGGGAAGAUUGAAGUCAAGGAGCCCUUUGUGGUAGAAGUGGAGGGCUGGUAGGAUUAGCACUAUGCGCUCAUAACACCAAUCCUGCUAGCAUCCUGCUAUAGACGUGGCUAAUUUCCGCUUUUUACAGAGGUUCACUGGAAGGCUUGCAGAUAUGUCUGUUCUAAUAAGAGACAGACAUAUGACACAUGCAAGAUCCAGUUUUAAGGUACUGUAUGCAACCUUUUUAUAUUCUACUUUCCAAGCAAAAAGGAAAUGCCCAUGUAUGCAUCAGCUAAAUAGCACUUUACCAUUGUGACACAUGCUGAAAAGUAGUAUUUAGUAUUUUAACAAACAUUAUGCUCUGCAAGUACGUUAUUUUCAUUCAUUUUGGGAUAAAUGCAGUAUUUAAGUGCCAGGAAGGAAGCAUUGUGGGUGCCAACAAAAUACUUGCCACAUAUGCAUAUUAACAUAUCAUGUAAAGAUGUACUAUGUUUAUUCAUUGAAAAUGUUUACAGCUUUUAAAAAAUAUUUGUUUCAUGUGAGUAAUCACGUUAACUAAUGAAUAUGGUCUAAUCAGACUUUGAGCACCACCCCCCCCCCCC